AUGCUUGAUAUCGAAUGGCCAUUUGCAACACAUAUGGAUUUUCGUGGUCAAAAAAUGGCUGAAAGACUCUUUCAAGUUAUUAUUGUCUUAUUUGGCAUUAUUGGUUUUAUUGCUGGUUAUAUGAUGCAACAAUUUAGUAUGACUAUUUAUAGUGUUCUUUUUGGAGUUUUGAUUUCUGCUUUAUUAACAUUACCACCAUGGCCAAUGUAUCGUAAUAAUCCAGUUGAAUGGCAAAAACCAAUAGAUUCAAAUAAAGAAACAAUUACAAAUAAAAAUGCUACAUCAGCAAAAUCACCAAAGAAAGAUGUUCGAAAAUCAAAAGGAAAAAAAGAUGAAUAG